GCUACGACAAUGCCGCCUCCACCUCCCCCUCCUCCACCCCCAAUGCCGCCCGGCAUGUCAGGCGGCCCACCACCUCCCCCUCCACCACCGCCUGGAGGCCUGCCUAGUAGACCCCCUGCUGCUGCUGCCAAAGGUCGAGGCGCUCUGCUAGGAGACAUCACAAAAGGCACCAAACUCAAGAAGGUCACCCAGAUCAACGAUCGUUCUGCUCCAAUCGUCGGAAAUGAAAAGAAGUCGUCAGGUCCCGUAGCUAUGGGUGCUCCCCCAGUACCAGGAAUGAUGAAACCACCAGGAGGCUCUGCUCCUCCACCUCCUUCCGGCGGCAACAGAGAUCGUGCCUCGAGCGAUGUGGGAGCUGCGCCGCCUCAACUGGGAGGCCUUUUCGCUGGCGGCAUGCCCAAGCUGCGCAAGUCAGGCGGUGUCAAGACUGGUGCAGAUGAGGAUUCGUCAUACCUGGGAGCUCCAGACGCUCCAUCUCGUCCUGUUUCUGCCGCCCCUAGACCACCAGGCGCUCCUCCUCGUCCCGCCAGUUCUGCUCCGCCAGUCCCGCCAUCAGCUCCCCCAUUAGCACCGCCCCCAAAUCCUGCUGUAUCAGCUCUCAGAAACAGCGUGCGACCUGGACCACAGACUACAAGCUCUUCGCCUGCCGUACCAUCCAAACCCAAACCUCCUCCGAUUGGCAAGAAACCUCCAAUGCCACCUCCCUCUUCGCGCAAACCCUCAGGCAACAUUCCACCUCCUCCAUCCUCCGCCUCGCCAGCCCCUCCGGCCGCUCCUCCAUUGCCUCCAUCUUCAGCGCCUAGGCCACCGCCUCCUCCUCCUUCGAUCAGCGCACCACCACCGCCCAUGAGCAAUGCCCCGUCCUUGGCCGAGACAGCUGCGCGCAACGCCUUUGGACGAGCCUCGCCCGCCGCUCCACCACCGCCUCCACCUCCACCUGGUAUGAGCGCUACACCUCCUAGANUCACCCGCACCGCCGCCGCCGCCUGCUGCUGCGCCUCACCACCACGACCACCAAUCGCAGCACCUAGUCCACCACUGGCAGCGCCUUCACCGCCUCCCUCGGCACCUCCUACACGACCUCACGCGGGAUCCAUUUCGCGCUCCACCAUGGAUGCUUCAUCAUAUACAUUGAGCAAUGGAGCAAAAUCACCCAGUCUGGCACAAGGGACAGGCGGGAGCAGGAUGGGAGGUGGGCGCAUUACAGUCGAGGAUACUCGAUUCAAGUUCCAGCCCGACGAGACGCUACCUAAACCGCGAGAGUUCUCGGGAGUGACCAAGAUGUACCGAGCGGGCAGAGGCAGUACGGUGCCGCUAGAUCUGUCGGCUUUCGAAUAG